CAUGAUAUAAUGCUUAGACCGCGCAUGCGUGAAAAUAUCUAUAGUUGUGCUGUUGGAUUUUUUCCUUGUUUUUUUAUGUCCAUGUUUGUUAUCAUUUAUCGCUUAUUUCUGCAUGCUACACUCUUUAGUUUGUAUUUAUGUGAUAAUAUUUCAAUUUAACUGAAUUUGAAAGCGGACGUAAAUGAUUAAAUAAUAUUUCAACUUUCGGUUUCCGAUAGUGACUAGCUGUUAAGGUAUCUACUUACAAUAUGCAAUGCUAGUAUUGUAAAAACAGUAGUGUUACAAGCAAUGGCUUCUGGAGGAGGUGCUAUUGAUCCAGAGACAAAGGAAGCGUACUAUCUCCGACUUCACUUCCUGUUAGUACAAGAGGGUACAUCUAUAUUAAAAGCAAUCUUCGAUCAUUAUGUUCCCCCAAAUCAGCUUCAAGCUACGCUCCAGAAGUACUUUUCGACGAUACAGAAAGCAAAGAAAGGCAACAUUAUCGUCAGAACAAAUUAUGAUCAACUUUAUCCACAAAAGAAUCAACCGGAUUCAAAUACCUUUGAUAUUUCGUUGCUAUUUUACCUAUUAAGAACUAUCAGCGGUCUCAACACAGCAUCACAGUGGUGGAAUGUGAAAGAAAUCAGCAAUAUACCAGACGCAGUAGUAGAUGUAGAAGCUGAUAUUGUCAGAAUAAAAAAUGUGAGGAAUAAGAUGCAACAUAAAACAAUCGCUUCCCUCGAGCAGUCAGAGUUUCUUUCCAUAUGGACUUUGCUUGAAAAGGUUAUGCUUCGACUUGCGGCGAAAUGCAAUAUCAGCCUAAGUGACCAAAAGCAGAAAAUUGAUGCGGUAAAAACAAGAAAACAUGACUUAGUUUCACAAGAAAUGAUGAGUCUGAGAGCACACACAGGGAUCUUUCUGGAAGAUUUUAAAGACAGUAAACAGUAUGUAGAAACGAGCGCAUUCGGAAAGGCAAAAGAUAUUCUAGAGAAAAAACGAAUUGUCGUUUUGACCGGUCAUCCCGGCGAAGGCAAAACUGCUAUGGCUGCCAGAUUAGCCCUGGAUAUGAGCCACAUCAAUAACUGUGUAAACUUGUCCGGACCUUCUGAUUGGCGUAUGCUUUCUUCCGAGCUUCACUUGAAGUUGUUGAAUACUGUCAUCAUAGACGACAUAUUUGGUGACGGUGCUUUAGAUCAAGGACUGUUAAGUGACUGGAAACGAUAUUUGCCGGAAAUAGAAAGAGCAACGAGGAACAGCUAUUUACGAGUUAUAAUUACAUCACGACAUUACAUAUUUGAAGAAUCAAAGGAAGAAAUUUCUUCAUUGCCUGGUAUGUUUAAAAAUGAGAACGGAUCCGUGCUUCUUCUCACUUCUUCUGACCUAUCGCAUGACGAAAGACAUAAUAUUCUCAAUGUCCUAGCCACAAAAAGUGACAAACAAAUGUCCAUUGAUAAAAUCAAUGACUGUAUCAAAGCAUCAGAAGGGCGAUCUGAAGGCGUCGAGGACUUUGUUUUUGGAUUUCCAGAAUGUGCUUCUAUGUUUGUUAGAAAUAAUGAAAUGUUUCAUACCGGGGCAGCAUUUUUCAAAAAACCUGCCUCACUUUUCAAGAGAUAUCUAGAAGAACUUUACAAAGGAAAAAAUAAAGAUAAGUUUAUGGCUCUUGUCACUGUCUGGGCGAAAGAAAACAAACGGCUAUCUCAACAUGAGUUGAGGAAAGUCGCAACGGUUUCGAAUCAUAUCAAACGGAUGGUUUCAGCAUUUGACUUUGUCUUGAAUAGAGAGUUUCUUGAUAUGAUGAGAUUGUCUCUUGAAUCACAUGUCGGCGGAUAUCUCGUUUUCAAUCAAACGACAGAGGAGUAUACAUUCAGCCAUAACGUUAUAGGUGAUAUGGUCGGUAUAGUUGUUGGAAACAAGAAAUUAGAAGAAACUGUUGAGGUAUGCCCACGAGAUUUUUUGAUGGAGCAUGUUUCCAUCGAUGAGUCGUCACGAGAUGAAUUUAAAGUUACUUUAAAGGAAGGAAAAAUGCGUUGCCUCGCUGAAAAAUGCACGAAUAUGAUUUUGCGGAGAGACUGUAACGAACUAACCGAAACGCCGGAUGUUGAUGAAUUUCAAAAGCUGCAGAGACGGGGACAGAGGAGUAAUGUUAUUGAAAUAGUCAAUAAAAUUGACUUUGGGAUUAUCAAACAUAAAGCAUUUCGCUCAGCCAAAUUUGUGAAUGAUUUUAUAGAUCAUGUUGUCGAAAAGAAUCUGGUUCCAGAUGUUUUCUCUGUCCCAAUUAUGACAAUGCAGGGAUAUUUUCUUGACUACGGGAUUUCAAUGCAGAAGCUUGAUAUGUGCCUUAUGGGAUACGCAUGGUACAGUGGGGCUUCUGUUUUUGCAAAAGAGGUUAUCAGAAGAGAAAUCAUGGAGAUGGAAAAUUUCGAUCCUUCAGUAUCGUUGCUACUGGCGGCACAUUCCAAGCAGAGAGAGUCGAUACAUUUUCUGUUAGAAAAUGGAGCAAAAGUCACAGGAGACGUGAUCUACAUUGCAGCACAUAAAAGUGUCGAACUGUUGAAAAUGCUACUCCAGCACCCCGGUGUAGACGUAAAUGAUAGAGGAAACGCUAUCAAUGGAAACUAUCCACUUAUUGUCGCUGCACGAAAAGGUCUACGAGAAGCAGUUUUGUGUAUGCUUACGUUUGGCGCUGACACUAGAGUCCAGAAUACCGCAAAAAUGACAGCACUACAUAAAGCGAUACUUUAUAGGCACGCUGAGAUAAUAGAAGCAUUGCUUGAAGCCGGUGCUCCUCUCGAUGUUAGAGGAGGCAAAUAUAAGAGAACUCCACUGCAUUUAGCAGUUGAUCUAGGAAAUGAAGAUCUUGUAAACCAGCUGAUCAACAAAGGUGCAUCACUUAAAACCAAAGAUUAUCGGGGACAAUACCCAAUACACAUGGCCGCAAUACAGGGUAAUGUGAAUAUAGUGAAACGGCUAUAUCAUUUUGACAAAACACAAGGAACGCUUCGUAUAUCAUCGUAUGGAAAAAAGUCUAUCAUAAAGGGUAUGUCAUUAUUCCAUGUAGCAAUUUGGAAGAAAAAUGUGCGACUUUUAGAAGCAUUGAUUACCAUGGAGGCAAAUCCCAAUAUCCAAGACUUCUAUGGCCAAACACCUUUAUUCUUUGCAAUCAUGAAAGGACAUGCGAACCUUGCCAAGAAAUUAAUUGAUUUUCCUAAAACGGACAAAAGAAAACCUCAAAAACAAGGUUAUACACCAUUACAUGCUGCAAUCCAUAAAGAAUUGCCCGAAGUUGCUGCUAAGCUUAUUGAACAUUCGGAUGUGAACACGUCGGAUAGAUUCGGAAAAACACCACUUCAUGUAGCCUGCGACAAAAUGAAUAUAACACUUAUUAAGAAACUUCUAGAAAAUGGAGGCAAUCCGAGACAAAUAACAAAAAGAGGGGAUACCGUUUUUCAUUUUCUAAAACGAAAGAAAAAUAGAACAUCGCUAAAAAAGAUAGAAGAGUCAAAAUAUGCUGAAAUGCUUCUUGCCGAAUGGGAUCCAGAAUUUGUUGAAUUGCUACCAGGCUUGAAGAACAAAACCGGAGCCGUCAUUGAACUGCAUUACCGACCAACCGGACUAAUUUCUCGAAAGCAGUUGCUAUUAGCUAAGCCAAUGAGCUCAAACAUUGGCGGCGUAAAUACAUCAGAAGAUGAAAAUUGCAGUUCAGGUGAAAGAAGCUUUGCAGAUGACUUCGGCGAAAUUGAUGAUGAUGACGAUGAUGAUGAUGAUGAUGAUGAUGAUGAUGAUGACGACGAAGACGAAGAUGAUUAUGAUGAUGAUAACGAUGAUGUUGAUAUGGGUAAUGAAGAGACCUGUUGGGAUACCGAUGAUGAGACUGAUGACGAGGACAGCGAUGAUUCAAACACAAAGAUCUUUCUCGAAGAUUAUAAAGACAGUAAACAGUAUGUAGAAACGAGCGCAUAUGGAAAGGCAAAAGAUAUUCUAGAGAAGAAACGAAUAGUCGUUUUGACCGGACAUCCCGGCGAAGGUAAAUCUGCUAUGGCUGCCAUAUUAGCCCUGGAUAUGAGUCACAUCAAUAACUGUGUAAACUUGUCCGGACCUUCUGAUUGGCGUAAACUUUCUUCCGAGCUUGACUUGAAGUUGUUGAAUACUGUCAUCAUAGACGACAUAUUUGGUGACGGUGCUUUAGAUCAAGGACUGUUAAGUGACUGGAAACGAUAUUUGCUGGAAAUAGAAAGAGCAGCCAGGAAAGGCUAUUUACGAGUUAUCAUUACAUCACGACAUUACAUAUUUGAAGAAUCAAAGGAAGAAAUUACUUCAUUGCCUGGUAUGUUUAAACAUGAGAACGGAUCCGUGCGGCGAGGACUUUUUUUUGGAUUUCCAGAGUGUGCUUCUAUGUUUGUAAGAAAUAAUGAAAUGUUUGAUACCGGGGCAGUAUUUUGCGAAAAACCUGCCUCACAUUUCAAGAGGUAUUUAGAAGAACUAUACAAAGGCAAAAAUAAAGAUAAGUUCAUGGCUCUUGUCACUGUUUGGGCGAAAGAAAACAAGCGGCUAUCUCAACAUGAGCUGAGGAAUGUCACAACCGUUUCGAAUCAUAUCAAACGGAUGGUUUCAGUAUUUGGCUUUGACUUGAAUAGAGAGUUUCUUGAUAUGAUGAGAUUGUCUCUUGAGUCACAUGUGGGAGGAUAUCUCGUUUUCAAUCAAACGACAGAGGAGUAUACAUUCAGCCAUAACGUCAUAGGUGAUAUGGUCGGUAUAGUUGUUGGGAACAAGAAAUUAGAAGAAACUGUUGAAGUAUGCCCACGAGAUUUUUUGAUGGAGCGUGUUUCCAUCGAUGAGUCGUCACGAGAUGAAUUUAAAGAUACUUUAAAGGAAGGAAAAAUGCGUUGCCUCGCUGAAAAAUGCACGGAUAUGAUUUUGCGGAGAGACUGUAACGAACUAACUGAAACGCCGGAUGUUGAUGAAUUUCAAAUGCUGCAGAGACGGGGACAGAGGAGUAAUGUUAUUAAAAUAGUCAAUAAAAUUGACUUUGGGAUUAUCAAACAUAAAGCAUUUCGCUCAGCCAAAUUUCUGAAUGAAUUAAUAGAUCAUGUUGUCGAAAAGAAUCUUGUUCCAGACGUUUUCUCUGUCCCAAUUAUGACAAUGCAGGGUUAUUUUCUUGACUACGGGAUUUCAAUGCAGAAGCUUGAUAUGUGCCUUAUGGGAUACGCAUGGUACAGUGGGGCUUUUGUUUUUGCAAAAGAGGUUAUCAGAAGAGAAAUCAUGGAGAUGGAAAAUUUCGAUCCUUCAGUAUCGUUGCUACUGGCGGCACAUUCCAAGCAGAGAGAGUCGAUACAAUUUCUGUUGGAAAAUGGAGCAAAAGUCACAGGAGAUGUGAUCUACAUUGCAGCACAUAAAAGUGUCGAACUGUUGAAAAUGCUACUCCAGCACCCCGGUGUAGACGUAAAUGAUAGAGGAAACGCUAUCAAUGGGAACUAUCCACUUAUUGUCGCUGCACGAAAAGGUCUACGAGAAGCAGUUUUGUGUAUGCUUACGUUUGGCGCUGACACUGGAGUCCAGAAUACCGCUAAAAUGACAGCACUUCAUAAAGCGAUACUUUAUAAGCACGCUGAGAUAAUAGAAGCACUGCUUGAAGCCGGAGCUCCUCUCGAUGUUAGAGGAGGCAAAUAUAAGAGAACUCCACUGCAUUUAGCAGUUGAUCUAGGAAAUGAAGAUCUUGUAAACAAGUUGAUCAAUAAAGGUGCAUCACUUAAAACCAAAGAUUAUCGGGGACAAUACCCAAUACACAUGGCCGCAAUACAGGGUAAUGUGAAAAUAGUAAAGAGGCUGUAUCUUUUUGACAAAAUACAAGAAACGCUUCGUAUAUCAUCGUAUGGAAAAAAAGUCUAUCAUAAAGGGUAUGUCAUUAUUCCAUGUAGCAAUUUGGAAGAAAAAUGUGCGACUUUUAGCAGCAUUGAUUACCAUGGAGGCAAAUCCCAAUAUCCAAGACUUCUAUGGCCAAACACCUUUAUUCUUUGCAAUCAUGAAAGGACACGCGAACCUUGCGAAGAAAUUACUUGAUUUUCCUAAAACGGACAAAAGAAAACCUCAAAAACAAGGUUAUACACCAUUACAUGCUGCAAUCCAUAAAGAAUUGCCCGAAGUAGCUACUAAGCUUAUCGAACAUUCGGAUGUGAACGCGGUGGAUAGAUUCGGAAAAACACCACUUC